AUGCUAGGGAGCAUCAACUGCAUGCAUUGGAAAUGGAAGAAUUGUCCAAGUAAGUGGAAAGGUCAAUAUAUUGGUCAUACACGUGAUCCAACGAUAAUUUUGGAAAUCGUGGCGUCGUAUGACCUUUGGAUAUGGCAUGCAUUUUUUGGGUUACCGGGGUCUCACAAUGAUAUCAAUGUCCUAGAGCGGUCUUCUGUAUUUUCUGAGCUUGCUGAAGGGCGUGCUCCUGCGGUUAAUUACUCGAUAAAUGGUAAUAACUAUUCGAUGGGGUACUAUCUUGCAGAUGGUAUAUAUCCAUCAUGGGCAACAUUUGUCAAAACAAUUCCAGCACCAUAA